AUGGGUUCCGCUACUUCAAAACCUGCCCGCUCAGCUGCCGGUGCAGCUACACGGCGUCAGUAUCCCAAGAAGCCUGCUCCCCCACCACGGACGCCCGCUGCACCUCCGAAGCAAGCCCAAGAACCAAAACCUACACCCACGCCUGCUCCCACACCACCACGAGCUCAAGCCGCAGCUCCAGCGCAGGGUCCAACAUAUCACUCCAAGGAGCAACCAUCCAUCACGAAAUCUAAUGCCAUCGAUCUAGACGGCCGGGAUCCUGACUUCGCCGCCUCCCUCCGCUCAAUUGGUCCCGUCGACCCGUCCGGCAACUUCUCACACCCCAAUCCCUUCGGCCGCGGUACCGUCCAAACUGUCUUCCCUACAGCCUCGAACCCUGCGCUGUUAGUCGUUACCGCGCGCCAGCGCCUCACAAAGGCCGCACAAGAAGAGAGCCAGGCGGUUGGGAAUACUAAUUUCCCGGGCCGCCAGUUCCUGGAUUCGUUUACCAUCAGCCAGGCGCUGACAAUGCGCGAUCAGCAGGGUUUGUCGAGUAGGGAGAUUGAGAGGGUGAUGCGGUUGAAGAGUGGGACUAUUGAUAAGCUUGGGAAAAGUGGGAUUGUGUCGCGGGCUGCUUGA